UGUGGUUUUAUCUCACCCAGCUGUCAAUCAUGCAAAUGUCGCUCUUUAUGGUGGUCUGAGCAAACAGUGGUCGUCUAGCGUCUAGUGCUGGACUUUACUACGGACACUUUGACACUCUGCACAUCCUUCGUGCAAGAACAGUAGAAUCUGAUAACUACAAACGCUACGUGCAAAGUAAGGUAACUGUACUGAAUCAACAUGCCUGUGGUCAACUACAACAACAACAUCCGCACCUCGCAGCGCCCUGGAAUAUCCCUGGAGGAGUCUCAGGACUUCUACAAGACCUGGGCCGAGACCUAUGACAAGGACACCACCAACUCGAACUACAACGGUCCCGCAGCUACAGCCAACCUUGUUCUGAAACUGUUUGAAGGCAAGACUGACGGUGUGCGUAUCCUGGAUGUGGCCGCUGGUACCGGAAUGUCGGGAGAGGCGCUCCAGAAAAUUGGGUUCUGUUCCCUGGACGCCCUUGAGCCCAGUGAGGAAAUGCUUCUGCUGGCGAAAGAGAAAAACGUCUACGGCCGUCUGAUCCAAGACUUCCUAGGUACAAAUCGCCUGGAUAUUGUGGAUGGAGAGUACGAUGCCACCGUGAUGGUUGGUGGGAUGGUCGAGGGCCAUGUUGGUUGUGACUGUCUGGAAGAGCUCAUCAGGGUGGUGAAACCAGGAGGAUUUGUGGUGAUCUGUAUGCGGGAGGUGAACCUGCGGAAAGUGCCGGAGUACCGCAAACUGGAACCCCGCAUGAAGACCCUGCAGAAUGAAGGAUGCUGGGAACCCGUGUCACGUGUCGUUUUCUCCAACUACUGCGAAGGGGAAGAAGGAAUCAUCUUUGUGUAUCGCGUGUGUUGAUUGGAGCAAGAAAUAACGGCAAAUAUGUUCACAAAA